AAUUGUAUUGUAAUAUAGAUGGAAAUUUUGAAGUGCUUAAAAUCCAUGGUGGCCAAAACUUGUCUCACAUAUCUCAAUGCAGCAAGACAGAAGCAAAUUAAGUGCUUUUACUACACUGGCUCCUCCUUCAAGGCUAGCUUCAGAGAUUGAAAAAAGCAAUGGAAAAAAAUAGAUUACUGAGGUUUUUUCUGAUUGUAAACUAGGAAUGAGAUGGGCUGUGCUGUGACUUAAGAGGAUAAGGUUACGGAAAUCAGUGAGGUUUUGGUCAGACUUUUACUCAUCGUUCCCCAUCCUCUUUCCCAAUCAAAACCCACCCUUUUUUAUUCUAAACAUACAGCAACAACUUCCCUUCAUCGUCUGUUUCUUGUUCGAGUUUCUUUUCAAAUCAACCCCAUCUUACAAUUCAAGGGGGAAAAAAGAAGAAAAAAUAGUGCUUUAAACCUUUAACUCAGAUUCUGUUCAAAUCCCAUCGUUUUCUCUCUUAAUUAUUUCUGCUUUUUGAUAGGCCAUGAAAGUACAAUUCAUCUGUUUUUUGUUAUCUUUUUUGCCAUUUAUGAACCUGGACUGAGUCCCUUGAAAUUUGUGAUUUUGGGAUUUCUUUUUUCUUUUUUUUUUUUUCCCUUUUUUUUUUCCAUUUCUUCUCUAGUUUGUCACGGUUACUUUUGGGAUUCUGCACCUCUCUCUGGAUCUUACUUAUUUUCAGAAAAACAAUUCUGAUAAAAAACAGUGAGAAAGCUUAGUUUCUUUUGAAGAGUGCUCUAACAGGAAGAAUGGCAGGUUCCAACACCAGUUGGAGUAAUGGGUUUCAUGGAAAAUCAAUCAAAGAUGAAGACUUUGAUGAAGAAGACGCAUGGGGUGAAUUUGUCAGUGAAAGAAAAGAAAAAGAAGCUUUGAUUCCAAUGUCGACAAAAUUAAACCACUUCAAAUCAUCAAGCUCUUCUUCUUCUUCUUCUUCUUCUUCUUCUGCUUCUGCUUGGCGCAUGCAGAUCAGCUCUGUUCCUAAAAUGAUACCAAAAGCCAAAACAACAGCAAAUCAAGAACCCAAAACUGUGAAGAGAUCCUCAGCUCCUUUGGAUAUACCAGAUUGGUCAAAGAUAUAUGGAAGAAAUGGGAAUAUGGGUUCAUGGAUAAAUGAUGAAUAUGGCUUGGUUAAUGAUGCUGCUGCACGUAAUGGUUUUGUCAAUGAUGAUGAUGAAGAAGAGGAUGUUAUGGUUCCUCCACAUGAAUGGAUUGCUAGGAAGCUUGCAAGGACUCAAAUUUCAUCUUUUUCAGUGUGUGAAGGGAUUGGAAGAACAUUGAAAGGAAGAGAUCUAAGUAAAUUGAGAAAUGCCAUUUUGACUAAAACUGGUUUUUUGGAGUGAUUCAAGAAAAAUCAUGAUAACAAAAAAAAAAAAAAAAAAAACCCUCUUUCUUUUUUUUUUUCUUCCCUUUUUGUUGAAGUAAAAUGUUAUGUGAGUUAAGAUUAUGGAUGAAAAGUAGGAGACGAAAUAUCAGGAGAGAUUUGAGAACUGUUUGUCUGAGUGUGUGUGUGUGAGUGUUUUUGUUUAUGCUUUUUGGGUCAGCAUGAUCUGACAUUUUGGUUGUUGCAUUUGAGUUUUGGGUAAUUGAAUUCCAGUUUGGUAAUAAAAACAAAAUGGUAUAAGAUAAUAUAUUUCCAA